GGCUAUCGCGAUAUUCACAGAUCUGGGACAGAGGCAUAGGUGGAUCCCACGCAGAGAAUGGCAACAAUGUCUUUUCUGUGUAGGGCGGCUGCGUUUUCUCUCCGUGCCUCCAGGUCCAAUGCAGUCAGGGCGUACAGCGCAGGUGGCCAGUAUCAACACCUCCUUGUGGAGAAAAAGGGCGAGCAGAAGAAUGUGGGAUUUAUCCAGCUGAAUCGGCCAAAGGCAUUGAACGCUUUGUGUGACGCGUUGAUGAAGGAACUCGGUCAGGCACUGGACUUGUUUGUGGAUGACCCGACAGUUGGAGCCAUUGUCCUGACUGGAAGUGAAAAGGCAUUUGCAGCUGGUGCCGAUAUCAAGGAGAUGGAGAAGAAAACUUUCCAGGAUUGUUAUACUGAGAACUUCCUUUCCCAUUGGAACUGCGUGGCAACAGCACAAAAGCCAGUUAUUGCCGCAGUGAAUGGCUAUGCUCUUGGUGGAGGCUGUGAGUUGGCGAUGAUGUGCGAUAUCAUAUAUGCAGGAGAAAAGGCACAGUUUGGGCAACCAGAGAUUCUGUUGGGAACCAUUCCUGGUGCUGGUGGAACACAGCGGUUGACUAAAGCAGUUGGGAAGUCACUGGCAAUGGAAAUGGUCCUCACGGGAGACAGGAUUUCUGCUCAGGAAGCCAAAGCAGCAGGGCUUGUUAGUAAAGUAUAUCCAGUAGCUCAAGUGGUGGAAGAAGCCAUCAAAUGUGGAGAGAAAAUAGCAAGCAACUCUAAGCUUAUUACAGCAAUGGCGAAGGAAGCAGUCAAUGGUGCUUUUGAAUUGACGUUGGCAGAAGGAAACAGAUUGGAGAAGCAUUUGUUCCACUCUACGUUUUCCACUAAUGACCGGAAAGAAGGCAUGAGUGCAUUUCUUGAGAAGCGGAAGGCUAAUUUCACUGAUCAGUGAUUGUAUUAAGAAGUUCUGAAUUGCAAUGGCAACUGAAUUACUAAUGUCAGUUGGAUCAGCUGAAAGUUGAUAGAAAGUUGAAGUUUUGAAAAUAGCGCACAAUAUUACAAGAACAAAUUCUGAUUCCAAAUAAAUAUUUUGUUUUAAUACUUCUGUACUUUAUUUUUGUCAGAGUAAUUGUGAGUGAAAUAUUAACAAUGUUUUUACUCAUUUGAAUCAUUAGCCAUUCUGUUACUACUUCUACUUUCCACAAAAUAAUUUCAGCUGAUUUCCAUUGGUCAAGUAAUUCUACUUCACCUCAUAUUAAAUAUUUUGUCAUUUAAAAAGUAGAUGUAUCAAUGUUUAGGGUAUGUGAAAUGGCAUCUGUUACUUCAACAGUACAGCAACAGACUGUAGCAAUUGGAUGGUUAACAGCCUUGGAUAACUUUUUGAAUCAACUUGCGUUGCAUUGAACUGUACCUGUGCAAUUAUACAAUGGGAUUCUUACUAUUUGAUUGGUCUUAACUCGAGGACAGCAGGGUUCUUUGUACAGGGACUUUUUUUGGUUCUUGAUUAACCAGCAAUAAAAGGUUAAAAUAAAGGCAAUUUGCCCUUUGAGACUACCAAGAAAUUUA